CCGGCCGUCAACAGUCAGUCAAGAAGCGACUUCGCGGGGAUCCGGACGUGUCUCCCGCGACAAGGCACCGGCCGAGCCCCGCGGACCUCCCCGUCUCUGGUCUCGACCCGCUGGUCGUCGUCGUGCAGGUGCAGCAGUGCAGCGCGCGUCACCGAGAGCUCACCGGCAGGCCGCGUGUGGGGGACGCCUCCUGUAGGCCGCGAGUGUGGAACAGUGCGUGCGAGUGCGUGUCGUGCAGCGCGACUGACAUGAGGGAGCUGCAGGCCGACGAGGACCUCUACACCAUGAAGCUCACGCUCGGGACCACGGAGGGCAAGCCGCUGGAGAAGGCGGCGCAGACGACGCAGCUCGCGGACGAGGCCACGGGGGCGCUGCUGGCAUCGGCCACCGACAAGUGCGUCCACCACCCCACUGCGAUGAUGAGCGAUGAGCUUAGUGAACCAGGUCCCCGUCGUCGGCAACUUCACGGCCGCCACGCGCCUCCCUCCCUCUCCCGCCCAGAGAGCCGUCUCAUGGACUGCAACGGCAACCCGCAGCCCGACGAGGAGAAGCGCUGCCCCAGCCCCGACAGCCCCGACAGCGAGCCGGCCACCCCCGCGCGCUGCGGGCCCUACUGCGACGGCAAGGGCCGCCCGCUCCUGCUCUCCUUCCGCGAUGCGCCGCCCUACCUGCAGUUCAACCCCUUCAUCGAGUCCGGCUACCGGGGCUACCUGUCCACCAAGAUGUGCAUCGAGAGCAUAUUCUGGUGGACUAACGAGACCAUCAACAUCUGGAGCCACAUCUUCGGCUGGAUGCUGUUCCUGGGGCUCACGCUCUACGACAUGCUGCUGCUCAACAUCCACGCCUCCACCAUCGACAAGGUGAUCGUGGGCGGGCUGCUCGUCUGCUUCCAGGCGUGCAUGAUCCUCUCCUCGCUGUACCACACCUUCUCCUGCAAGUCGGAGCAGGUCUACGACUGCUUCCUCACCUACGACCUGUUCGGCAUCUCCCUCAGCCUGCUCGCCAUCUACAUGUCCGGCAUCUACUACGCCUUCUGGUGCCACAGGACCUGGCAGACGUUCUACCUGACCUCGGUCGGGCUCAUCUUCGGCCUGGCGAUGAUGCUGCACGUACCGCGCAUCGGCGCCUCCUCCAACAUGAAGCUCUUCACGUUCGUGGGCUGGGCGGCGUACGGCGUGGUGCCCACCUUCCACUGGACCAUCGUCAUGGGCGGCAUGGACAACCCCAUGGUCCAGGUGAGCCUUGCGUAGGGUUGGCGACUUGCAC